GGAAAUAUGUCUAAGAGAGUAGUUAUCAUUGGUGCAGGGUGCAGUGGACUUACAGCCAUCAAAUGUUGCCUGGAAGAGGGUCUUGAACCCACAUGUUUUGAAAUAAGUAAUGGCAUUGGAGGACUCUGGAAGUACUCAGAAACUGCAGAAGAAGGGAGAGCCAGCAUUUACAAAUGUGUGUUCACAAAUACCUCCAAAGAGAUGAUGGGCUACAGUGAUUUCCCAAUGCCACAGGACUUCCCUGUUUUUCUGCAUCAUUCCAAGAUCCUAGAAUACCUCCAUCUAUAUGCAGAGCAUUUCAAUCUCCUGAAAUACAUUCAGCUUGAGACAAAAGUUUGCAGUGUAAAGCAACGCCAAGAUUUUGCCACAGCAGGACAAUGGGAUAUUGUCACAGAACAUCAUGGGAAGAGCAGCUUAGCCAUUUUUGAUGCAGUGAUAGUUUGCAAUGGCCAUUAUAAUGAACCUUAUUUGCCACUACACUGUUUUCCGGGCAUAGAACAUUUCAAAGGCCGUUACAUUCACAGUCGUUUCUACAAAACUUGUGAGGAGUACCAAGGGAAGACAGUGAUAGUUGUGGGGUCUGGAAAUUCAUCUGGAGAUAUUUCGGUGGAGCUCAGUUAUAUUGCAAAACAGGUUUAUCUUAGCACGAGACAUGGAUCUUGGGUGGUCAGUCGAAUUGCUAGAGGUGGCUUCCCUAUUGACAUGACGAUGUCAAGACGCUAUUCCAUGUGGUUAAGGAACAUGAUGCCAAAUAUUCUUGCUGCCAAGAUAAGUGAGAGGGUUAUGAAAGGUUGGUUUGACCAUGCAAACCUUGGCUUGGAACCUAAAUUCAGGCUAAAGCAUCCUAUUGUAAAUGAUUACCUCCCGAGUCAAAUAUUACAGGGAUCAAUCAAAGUGAAGCCGACUAUUAAGUCAUUCUCUGAAACAUCUGUCAUCUUUGAAGAUGGAACUGAGGCUGAAGUGGAUGAAAUAAUUUUUGCUACUGGAUACACCUCAACAUUCCCCUUUCUUGACAGCAAUAUAAUCAAACUUAAUGACAAUGAUGUAUGUUUGUAUAAAUCUGUGUUCCCACUUCAUUUAGAAAAGCCAACACUUGCUUUUCUAGGACUAAUCCAACCCCUAGGGCCUAUUAUGCCAACAGUUGAACUCCAAGCUCGUUGGGUCACAAGAGUUUUUCGAGGUGCUGCUUAUCUACCAUCUGUGAGAAAGAUGGAGAACUAUGUUGUAAAAAGCAAAGACAGGAAGAACAAAUGGUUCGGUGUAGGGAGGACUCAAGUUCUGCAGUCCCAAUAUAUCGAUUACAUUAAUGAUAUUUCCAAAGAGAUUGGAAUCCACCCCAGCAUGAUCUAUCUCUUCUUCACAGACCCAAAACUGGCAUGGCAGGUAUUCUUCGGACCAUGCACACCUUACCAGUUGCGGCUUACUGGGCCUGGGAAAUGGUCUGGAGCCAGAAAUGCCAUCCUUACCCAGUGGGACAGAACAAUAAAACCAACCAAGACUCGCAUUGUACAUGGACAUCCUCAACCUUGGUUAAAUUGUAAUAGGCUGCUAGUCUCGUGUUCUUUCUUGACAGUCAUGUGGUUUGGGUCAAGGUUCUGUUUAAGAGCAGAACAGAGUGAAUAUCUGUCAUGGUCCCUAAACUUCAGAGAGGCCUCCUGGACCAGGAUUUUUCCAGUGAUCGGCAGAAAUUCCAUGUAAAUGUACCCCAAUUAAACAGCACAUAACAUAUUAUAGUGCAGGUUCAAGAAUCACACUAGGGAAUAUGUAUCAAUAAUUGGAGAUAAAGUGGAGAGGGAUAAACUACCAACCAAUCAGCUCCUAACUGCCAUUUUGCAAACAAUGAUAAAUGGGGUCAUUCCGACCCGAUCGCUCGCUGCAGUUUAUCGCAGCACAGCGAUUGGGUCAGAAUUGCGCAUGUGCUGCAGCGCACCGGUGCAUGCCGGACGGCCGAAGGCCGUCGAUCAAUAGCGAUCGCCUCUGCCUGAUUGACAGGCAGAGGCGGUCGCAGGGCGGGAGGGGGCUGGACUGACGUCUCACGCAGCUGCUGCAGCCAGUGGCAGUGACGAUCAUCUCCCGGCCAGCCGCAGUAGCUGUGCUGGCCAGGAGUUACUCCAUAAAUACAAAAGCAUCGCCGCUGUGCAAUGCUUUUGUAUUUGUGCAGGGGGAGCGGACUGACAUGCGGGUGGACUAGCCCUGUGCUGGGCAUCCCCCCGCAUGUCAGGGAAGAUGAUCGUAAAUUUAGCACAGCUACGAUCAACUCGGAAUGACCCCCAAAGUGUAGAGAAGUAACCCACCAAACAAUCUGUUACUAGCUCUCAUUUUUCAAAAACAGCCUGUAACAUUGCAGUUAGGAGCUGAUUGGCCGGUAUUCUGAGAGAGAUGUACUAAGCCUUGGGAAGUGAUAAAGUAGAGAGAGAUAAAGUACUAACCAAUGAGCUACUAACUGCCAUGUUUACUGGCUGUGUUUGACAGUUAGGAGCUAAUUGGUUGGUACAUCUGCCCCUUUAGCUCUCUCCACUUUAUCACUGUCCAAAGCUUGGUACAUUUGCCCCACAGUCUGUUUUUAGGGGGCCUACACACGGUGCAAUAUUUCUACCAAUAUGGACUAUAUAGUACAUAUCGGUAGAAAAUAAAGUGCAUAUCGCACCGUGUGUAAACACCUUGCGAUGCACGGCCCCGCAGGAUCGGCAUCGCAACAGUGUGUGCAGGCCUGUGUCGAUACAGACUAUAUUGGAGGUUCAUGCCUCCAGACACAAUAUAGUCCAUAUCGCAUCGUGUGUAUGCGGCACAACACAUAAGUUUCAUACAAAACAUUUUCUGUUUCUUUUGCCCAUUUACUAACAUUCAUGAGAGCUAUUAAAAAGCUUUGUUAGUUGAAUUUGUAUAUUGUUGCAAAAAUUAAUGAGUCUGCUCAAUUACAUUGGGCUUUCUUAAAAUGCAAUUCCAGUUAUUGUGAGUUCCUAAUGAAAUAAUUUAGGGGCAAUUCACUUGUUUUUUUGUGCUUGAUCUCCUAUCUAAAGUGUUGGGAGAUUGAGGGGCAAAUAUUAAAAUGUGAGGGGUUUUGUGCAUGUUGAUGGGUGUGCUCCCUGCAAAAAGUAAUGUUUGAGCGCCAAAACAGCCCACUUUUCACACAUUAAAGCUUACCAAUUUAGGAGGCUGCAAGCUGAAAUGUGCGUGGCUGCAGUGUGUGUCCCGCAGCAAUUUGCAGUGCUCUGUCAGGCGCCAUCUAGUGACAGUUGAAGGGAGAAACAAUUCCCCCCCCACCUUCAUGUUUGAUUUUAAAAGUAAAAAAAUAAGCUGUUAUUCAAUAUUCCUGCACAUCUUUUGCAUUAUC